UGUUGAUCCCAAAACAAGGACUCCUCAUGGCCUUGGGGUUCCCGCUUGGAGAUCCAGAGCCUGGACCGGGCGGCGGUUGGGGUGCAAGGAGGUGACAGUCACCAGAUACCCCGCACCUGGCUGGAGGGGACACCAGCCCACCCACCCCAGCCCCUGCAGGACCUGGCUCUGCAGGGGGCACAUCCUGGUCCCCCAUGUGCUGGGCAGGCUGCCGGCACCCCCCCUCACCCUGGCACAGCCCGGCGGCCAGGGAGGGACCAGCGCGGGUGAACAUUAACCCGGGGCGGUGUCGAGGGCUCCCUGGCAGUGUGGCUCCCAGCACCUGCGCACCGGCAAUGAGGGGGCUCCGCGCCCGCUACCACCUCCUGCCUGACCAGGACGAGGAGCUGCCUGAGGGACAUGGGGACACAGCUGCAGAGGAGCAGCCAGGCUGGGAGGGAGCCCCAGCAGCCCCUGCGCCAGAGGAGCUGUGCAGGCUGGUGCUGAGCACGCAGAGCAGCAUCCUGCGGGACAGAGACAUCCAGGAGCUGGGCCCCCACCUGCCCCCCCGGCUGACGCAGCAGCCCUGGCACCUGCUGUACUGCACCGGACGGGACGGCUUCAGCCUGCGGAGCCUGUACCGCUGCGGGGGCCGCCCGGGCUCCCCGGCCCUGCUGCUCAUCAGGGACACGGAGGCGCAGGCCUUCGGUGCCUUCUCUGCCACCACCUUUCGCUGCAGCAAUGGCUUCUAUGGGACAGGAGAGACCUUCCUCUUCUCCUUCUCCCCGGAGCUGAAGGUGUUCAGGUGGACGGGCAGGAACAAUUUCUUCAUGAAAGGGGAUGCGGACCUGCUGGUGCUCGGUGGGGGCAGCGGUCGAUUUGGGCUGUGGCUGGACGGGGACCUGCACCAUGGGGGCAGCCACCCCUGCGAGACCUUCGACAACGAGACCCUCUCGCCCCGGGAGCAGUUCUGCGUCCAGGACCUGGAGGUGUGGGGCCUGGCCUGAUCCUGCAGCCCACACCUGGGAUAAAGGUGGCAUCGGGGGCUUUGGGAUCGACGUCUGGUGCACAGCCAGCACCCACUGACCCGCCGGGACGGUGCACAGCCUCAUCCCUGCCUCCCUCCACCCUGUCCCCACAAUGUCCCCAUUUCACAUGCCAACAGCCGGUGGGGGCAGCGUGAUGGGGACAGGCUGCAGUGGGAUCUUGGCGCCCCCACAGUGCUGCUGCCACCAUGCUGGUGUCCCCAGGGUGGCUGCAGGACUGGCCCACUCCCUGCACCGAGCACCUGCCCACCGGGACAAGCAGAGUCCCCGGGAGGAGGGUGCGCGGCAGGGCCGGCCCCGCGGGGUCCCCAGGUGUGGCAGCGCCAUGCUGGCAGCACUGAGCGGGCAUGGGCAGCCUCUGCAACAGCGGUGGUGCUGACGGGACAUACGGUGACUUCUCAUCAAUAAACAGGCACAGCUGCACUCCAGCCUUGUCCUUGCCAUGGGAACACAAAAUGGCACAGCAAAGUUGUGCAAAGCAAGUGGUGGUGAGCAGGUCAGAGCGCUGGCCAUGCCCCGUCCCAGCCCGGGGCUGUGCGCCCUCAGCAAGAUGGGGGCAGCCCAGGGCGCUGCUCUGGGGUCUGUGGGGACCUGUCCCCGCCUCUGCCAUAGUCCACACUCCCUGUCCACCCCGUCACCUCCCCAGGACCACGGCUUCCUCCUCAGGGCUGUCCAGGCUGCCGUGGGCACCUCACCCACCCUGCUCCCCACAGGGAGGGGACAACAGGAGCCCCCAGGCCCC